AUGGAACUUCAGUCAGUGAAAUUAGAGCUGGUGAAAGAGCUUAGAGAGUGGUGUCAAGGGGAGUCUCUCGAUCAAAUCCACACAUUGCUAGCAGUUGUCCCCAAAGAGUUUGAAGUUGCUCAGAUAGGAGAAACUCUGGAAACUAUCAAGGCUUUGGGACGAGUGCGAGUUAGAGGAAGAGAGUUUAAUACAACACUUGACCGACUAACAGUAUUGUGUGAAUGUAAAGAGAAAAUUGAUCCAACCAAGGUCCCGUAUGAAGUAAUGCACACCCAUACCGAUGAGGCUUGGCCUAUUGUCAUGGCAACUGAAGCUCCAGCUUUAGAUGAAGAUGCACAGACUCCAUUGAAAGUCCUGCUUGAAGCAUCAACAUCUAGUGGCUCUGCUGAGUCCAUCAUUCGGGCUGUUGGUGACCUGUUAUCCAAAAUAGAGAAGCCUUCAGGAGAGAAUAGUAAUUAUCGUCACCUGAGGAUGCUCUCUGGCACCUUACCAGCUCCUGCAGAAGAAGAAGUGUUGGAGCAUUGGAUUGAACAGGCUCGCUUGAUGGUGGAAGAGAGUGACUGCUCUGCCAAAGAAAAGCGACAGAGAAUUAUGGAAAGCCUUAGAAGGCCAGCUCUAGCUGUAGUAAAAACUGUGUGUACAGCUGAUGCCGACGUUACACCUCAUAAAUGCUUGGAUGCUAUUGAGAGUGCAUUCAGAACAGCUGAAUCAGGUGAAUACCUCUACUUUGAUUUCAGGCUAUUGUACCAAGGCCAAUAUGAGAAACUGUCAGACUUACUGAGGCGAUUAGAGCAGUCUCUGACAAAGGUGGUUAUUAAAGGGGGUGUUCCUGCCAGUCAUGUGGAUAUAGCCAGAGUAGAGCAGCUACUUUGGGGUGCCAUACAUUCGGAUCUGAUAAUAGUUCAGCUAAAACUAAGGGAAAGAAAGCAGAAUCCUCCAACGUUUUUAGAGCUGCUGGCCGAGAUUCGGGCUGAGAGGAGUUCGCCGCCGCUAGAGUCAAGGUUAAUCUGUCUGCACAUAUAG